UCUUCUUCUCAGUUCUAAGAGAGUAGUUACACGAAUCAGUUCUAGCCUAUCUAUUAGUGACAGUGGUGAAGUACCAUUUUAAUAAUUGUCGCUUGUGUUAAACUGACAACAAGUACCAUGACGUCGUUCAUGCGUGUGGUGGUUGAAAACUACAACGAACUGAUGGAAAGCAAAGGAGAUCCUGAAGUAGAUUCAUGGCUCUUCAUGACAUCUCCCUUGCCAGUAAUCACCAUCCUCAUAGUGUAUUUCUACUUUGUUCUAAUAUUGGGACCCAAAUUGAUGGAAAACCGACAACCCUUUGACUUGAAGGGUGUCCUUAUCGGCUACAACUUCUACCAAGUAAUUUUUAGUUUGUGGCUGUGUUCCCAAGCAUUAACUGUGAAGAGUGCGCUACCGAUUUUUUUUAACUCGACGUGCAGAAACCCAUCCCAAAAUAAAGACUUCCAAAUUGCGCUGAACAGCGGAGCUUGGUGGUACUUCUUUUCCAAAAUCGUUGAACUCCUGGAUACCGUUUUCUUCGUUUUGAGGAAGAAACAAUCUCAGGUGACCUUCCUGCACGUGUAUCACCACUCUUGUACCAUGUUCUUCUCCUGGGGAUAUUUGAAAUUCUUGCCAGGUCCACAAGGAGCCGUGAUCGGUUUGCUUAACUCCUUCGUACAUGUGGUGAUGUACACGUACUACUUGAUUGCGGCUUUGGGACCCAAGUACCAGAAGUACCUCUGGUGGAAAAAGUACAUGACUUGGAUGCAACUCACCCAGUUUGGCAUCAUGUUGGCUUAUCUCGUGGGGAUCAUCGCCAUGGAUUGCAAGCUCCCGAAAGCUUUGACGUUCUUCUUUGUUGGCAACGUCGUCGUGUUUCUUUACCUCUUCGGCAACUUUUACAAAAACGCAUACAAAAAAUCCAACAGUUCGCUAAAGGGAGAAGCUAAGACUAUCAAAGUUCAGUAAUUCUGCUGCCGUUUUAGGAGUUAAAAGUUUAUAAGUCUGUGUAAAUAUGCUUAGGUUUUAUGUUAUUUAUAUAAUUGUCACUAUUUAAUUUUGUUAAGGGUUUGAGGGAGUCAUUUGUUACUCCUUUUUAAAUCCAGGGCGAGUGUUUUAGAAUUUGUCAUGAACUGUGUUAUAAAAUAAAAAUAUAAAAUCCACGAAA